GGUUCCCACAAUAAUAAAUAAUUCAGGAAAAAAAAAUCAGAAAAAAUCAGAGGGAAAGAUUAUGAAGCCAAUGCCGAUCGAUUUCUUUGCGGACCUGGAGGAGCAAGGAACAACCGUCGCUAUGGACGUGGACGAUGCUGAAGCCCUAGAGAUCUUCGGCGGCGGAGAAGGGCCUAUCGCCGCCUUGGAACACCACCGUCUCGCCGAUGCUGAUUUCUUCAAUUCUUUCCAGGACGACUUCGACGACUCCGACAUCAACUAAAAUAAUAAUCAAUUGCUAGUUAUUACCAGUCCUUAAUCGCCCAUCCCCAGGGUUUUGAAUUUUCGGUUUCUAAACUCUAAUUACGUAUGUUAUGUGAUUAGCUAUGAGGCUGUUGAUGGAAUGGUGGUUUUGUGGAUGUUGGAUUAUGGAAUUUUAUAAAGAUAAUUGAAUUAUCCGCUGCUGAAGUUUUUCAA